AUGGGACCGGGAGUGCUGCGCAGACUAAGUCCAAGUGCACACCCGGACUUGGAAAAAAUCGCGUCGACACGCGACGCAAGCCGCGGAAUGGAUCUGCGUCGCGAUCGGCUGCACCGUGGCAAAACGUGGGAGGUCGCUCGUGAACGUUAUCAAGAACGUAAGGAGUUGUCUUGCCUGAGCUUGGACAUGGUGUUGGUAUCGCUUUCGGCUGAAAAACGUUUGCAGUCGAGACGAGCUGUGAAACGAAUAGCGAAGAAUGUCCGUGCGUCAAUUCGAUCCCCUCGCUGGUACGACGUCAAUCAGGAUUUCUGGCUUACUUUGGAGAAAUCUCAGCAGGACGACUUUUCUAGAAUCUGUUCAAGGAAGCUUCUGCUCAUUCGAUUACAAAUUAAGGAGAUCUUACGAGGUAUGAAUGCGGGUGAAUACUCUGUUGAUGAUCUGGUUUCAAACACGCGGUUGAAUAAAGAGUCCGUGUUAGCUGUCUUACGAAAGCAUGGAUAUGGAGUCGAGCAAGAAGGUUGUGAUGCUGUCGUAAAAUCUGCUGGUCCGGUAUACCCACCUAAAGGAAAUAGUGUGACGUUUGAUCUCCCGGUGCUUGAUAUAUCAGAUGUUCGAAAGGAAAGAAGAUCUCCAGAAACUCCGGAAAAGCAACGCGUUGUCGAGGAAGUCACUCAUGAUUCUGAUGCGCAUACACCAUUGUGUAGCCUGGAUUGUAGCGCUGGUGUGAUUCGCAACAUUUUUAAUAGUCAGGUUGAUGACACAACAUUAUUCAUCGGAGAAAGCCCACGUGAAGUCACAGAUAGCUCAGCGGAGAUCAGCGAUUUAGCGAAACGACUAGGUGCCCGGCUUUGUCAAGAGAGAUCUCUUGUUGAUCAGCUUCGGAACAUCGGCCGCGAAAAAUCGUUUGUUGAACAACUACCAAAACCCACUCUGCCUGUUACUAUUCAUUGUAAAGAAACCGAUGUCCAAACAUCGAUUCGCUUCGAGGCACCAAUUAUAGCUAAUAAGGAGACACGAGAUAAUGCAACCGACCUGCCGUCUCUGGAUUGCAUCUCUAUGUCCGAACAUGGUGCUCUACAACAACUUGCGGGGGCUUUUAUAAUUCAGGAAGAUGUAUCGUCGUCUACAGUGAGCUCAGAUCAAAGUGCCGGACAAGUGCCGGAGAGUUUCAAGAGUCGAAUGAAAACCACCGUAUCAAUAGCUAUUGAUGGAAGCGCACCGUUAAUUCCGCCGGAAACUGUCAAAUUGUCGAGAUUUAUUGAGGGACCAUUCAAUAGCACGAUGAAGGAAGAAGCAUGUUCUAGCCGAACACCAAAUGCACAUGCUGGUAUGAACUCUGCUGCCGUCUCCAGCCCACGCAUUCCCCGUGUGCACGAGUCACCCUGGCGGCCUUCUUCUAGACGCCUUCGUAUUGAAGAGGUUGACAUCUCUACCAGUCAAGACUCGGACUCGUUAGAGGUGAUAUCUGUUGCGACAUCUAAACGUCGCCUGUACAAAAAGAAUGAUUCGAAUUCAGUUGGAUCUAAUGGCAAUAGUCUGGAUGCAAUUCAUAGCAAAUAUAGGAAUGGCUUAGAUGAGUCGGAGUCGGAACUAGUGAAUAAGGAGAACUCCGAUUCUAGUCAUCAAGAUGAUGAGCACACAUACAAUCAGGUGUCCCAGAUUGUCAGCGAGUAG